AGUCACCAUGAGGGCGCUGCUCCUGCUCUGCUGCUGCCUGGCCUCCCUGCUGCUUUCAGGACAAGCAGAAGAGACUGAGGAUGUGAGUGAAGAGGCUCCCGUGAGAGACCGCUCCCAUAUUGAGAAAACCUUAAUGCUGAAUGAGGACAAGCCAGCUGAUGAUUACACAGCGGUUCUGCAACGGCUGCGGAAGAUCUAUCACACAUCCAUCAAGCCCCUGGAGCAGUCUUACAAGUACAAUGAGCUGCGACAGCAUGAAAUCACAGAUGGGGAGAUUACUUCCAAGCCAAUGGUGCUGUUCCUGGGACCGUGGAGCGUCGGCAAAUCCACCAUGAUAAACUACCUCCUCGGGCUAGAAGACACUCGCUACCAGCUCUACACAGGUGCUGAACCCACCACUUCUGAGUUCACUGUCCUUAUGCAUGGGCCCAAGCUGAAAACCAUUGAGGGCAUCGUCAUGGCUGCUGACAGUGCCCGAUCCUUCUCACCCCUGGAAAAGUUUGGCCAGAAUUUUCUGGAGAAGCUGAUUGGCAUCGAGGUUCCCCACAAACUUCUAGAACGAGUCACUUUUGUAGACACACCAGGCAUCAUUGAGAACCGCAAACAACAGGAAAGAGGCUACCCCUUCAACGACGUGUGUCAGUGGUUCAUCGACAGAGCCGACCUCAUCUUUGUUGUUUUUGAUCCCACCAAGUUGGAUGUGGGUCUGGAGCUGGAGACACUCUUCCGCCAGCUGAAGGGACGAGAGUCUCAGAUAAGGAUCAUUCUGAACAAGGCUGACAACCUGGCCACGCAAAUGCUCAUGCGGGUAUAUGGAGCUCUCUUCUGGAGCUUGGCCCCUCUAAUCAAUGUCACAGAGCCUCCACGGGUUUAUGUCAGCUCCUUCUGGCCACAGGACUAUAAGCCUGACACCCACCGGGAACUGUUCCUCAAAGAAGAGAUCUCUCUCCUGGAAGACCUGAACCAGGUGAUUGAGAACAGGUUAGAGAACAAGAUCGCUUUUAUCCGCCAGCAUGCCAUCCGUGUCCGAAUCCACGCCCUCUUAGUCGACCGCUAUCUGCAGACUUACAAGGACAAAAUGACCUUCUUCAGUGAUGGGGAACUGGUUUUUAAGGACAUUGUGGAAGAUCCUGAUAAAUUCUACAUUUUCAAGACCAUCCUGGCAAAGACCAAUGUCAGCAAGUUUGACCUUCCCAACCGUGAGGCCUACAAGGACUUUUUUGGCAUCAACCCCAUUUCCAAUUUCAAACUCCUCUCUCAGCAGUGCUCUUACAUGGGGGGCUGCUUCCUGGAGAAGAUUGAACGGGCCAUCACCCAGGAGCUCCCCAGUCUUCUGGGUAGCCUUGGGCUUGGGAAGAAUCCGGGUGCUCCUAACUGUGACAAAACAGGCUGUGGUGAGACCCCAAAGAACCGCUACAAGCAGCACUAAUCUGUGCAGCCAUUCCCGGCCAGCGGCGAAUGAGCGGCGUCCUAACUGUCCGAGAAGUCCUGGUGUACUAACCCUUUGAGCCGCACUGGGGACAAUCAGUCUGCAGUGGAGAUUUGGGAGUUCAUUGAGGCCAGUGAAUCAGGGAAGGAACAAGGGUUCUAGGGAGGAGAGUGGAAACUGUGAAUUAUAGUGUGCUUGUCUUUUUGCUUCAGUUAGAAGGCCUGACACAGGCAAGUCAGGCUUUCCUUGUUUUUCCUGGGUCUUGUCUUGGGGGACAGAGAGCAGCUAACUUCUAAUGACUACUCAGAUGAUGAGGGUCAAAUAAGCCAACCUCAGUCGAAUUUCCAAGUACUAGAGGGUUUUCAGGUCACUGAGUGUCAACUCCUUUCAUACAAAUCUUCUGUCCGUUCCCUCUCCCUCUUUGGCUCCCUCCUACACUUGGGUUGGCUUUCAGCAGUGGACAGUCUUUCGAGUCUGAUCUUCAUGAAUUCUGAGCCCAACCUUGGAAUCUUUUCCAUCUUCCCAACCAGCAGGGCAUCCAGAACACUAAAAUAGGAGUUUUCUGAUUAGGAUGCUGAUCUGCUACCCCAAGUAUCAUUUCAUUGAUGUCUCAGUUGGAGAGCUCAGACACUUAGUUGGCUCCAAAAGGAGGGUGAGUGGGUGAUGUACUCAAGAAGUACUUUUCCUCCUGAAAAUGGCUUACAUUAAAGUAUUGGAAGGGCUCAGGGGUUAAUUGGUUUGCGGUGUGUCUUUGUCUGUUGCAUGUCUUGGAAAACUCAGAUCACAAAGGUGUUGGUUUCAGAAAGGACAAUGGGGACCUUGUUCCUGGUCCUUGGAGGCUUCUUCUCCCAAGUUUCAGGGGAAACUGUUUCUACAACUUCUUUGUGGGAACCCUUGACAGAUGACAUGUCUCUCUUGGUUCCCAGGACUGUGGCUUCUCCUUCUCCUUCAUUCCCUGAUGAAUCAAUACUUCCAUCUGAGAGAAAUUCCCUAGGCUCAGAACCAGCCCCAGCCCCUUGGCAUUGGUGGCACACAAGGUCUGAGGUUUAGGUUCCAUCUGAACUCCUGCAGAUAUCCACUGAAUGCAGUCAGGACAGCCAGGACUUUCACACACCAGUGAGUGUGCAUCUGUGUGUCCACUGUACAAGAGAGAGCUAGGGUAAUGACAGACUUGAGGGCACAGAGAAAGGAUCCCUCAGAGUCUUGCAUGGCAGACAUACAUGCCAUCUUGGAGCACAUGGGAGCAAGAAGCCCUGGGAGGGUGAAGAGCAGGCAAAGGAAGGUCAGACUGUCUUGAGGGCCCUUUGAGCACAGCCAGCUGCUUUUCUUUGGGAGUAAGCUGUUCUGAGGACCUUGAUUGUGAGGCAUGGGUUGGGAUCCACCAGUACCUGUGAGUCAUCUGGAGUGGAAGGAAAGUGGGAAGGAAGGAAGGCUGAGCCAGAGUUGUUCUUUCUGAGGAUCAUGUAGGGAGUAUAAGCAGAUUGGUCAUCAGUGGGGGCUACAUAGAGAACUUCAGUUUAGGAGUUCAUGUCUCUCUGAUACUUAGCUGUCUGGCUGUAAGGGAAGCUCCUCUUUGGCUCUAUGUAGGGCCCAGGACCUCUCACAAGUUAAAUGCUCCAAAACUGCCAAGACACUGUUUCCAAGGAGUGAGUUCCUUUCAUAGGGUCGCCUACUCAGGUAGAUGAGCUGCAGUCUGUCUUGGAUUUUUUUCUCAUUAAAAUACACAGCCAACCCUCAAACCCCUCGUCUCUCCAUCACUUGCUCUCUGGAGAGACUGCCCCCCUCCCUGUCAUGCUCCUCAUGCCUGAGGGCUUUGUGCAGCAAAUCUGGUUUUUCUCAGUGCAGUCAGAGACGGGGGCGAAGUGGACCAGAUGGACCCUGUCCUAGCUGUCAGUGCCUGCAUGCUUGGGGAAGCAGGUGAAAUAAGGCAAGCAAAUUCAUACAGUAUUUGUAUUUGGGGGAGGGCCUUAUGGCAUUACCUUCCAUUUGGAUUUUCCUCCAUCUUUUUCUCCUUUGUCUCCAUUCUGUUCUUC